AUGGGUGAUCAUGCAUUUGAAGGCCUUGGCAUUAAUGGUGCCCAAUUGGAUGGCAAGAUUGUGCAGACUUUUCAAAAGAGUUUUGUUCAGGUUCAGAGCAUAUUGGACCAAAACAGGCUGCUUAUAAAUGAGAUCAACCAGAAUCAUGAGUCCAGAGUUCCAGACAAUUUGAGCAGAAAUGUGGGGCUGAUUAGGGAGCUCAACAACAAUAUCAAGAGGGUUGUUCAUCUUUAUGGUGACCUGUCAACAAUCUUCAUACAAUCCAUGGAUGCUUCCUCGGAGGGCGACUCUUCUGGCGCUUCGAAAUCCCGAGGAAAAGCUUCCCAAAAAAGGCAUUGGCCCGGUUAG